GACCGUUCAGUGGAACAUGGGCUGGGCCGUGCCAGAGGCUAUUCUGAGAACUCAGGGGGAAGAUGGCGUUAAAGGCAACACCCUGAUUCAUAUUGGCGGUGGACCCAGCAUUUGCGAACUGCUCUCUGCCUGUGAGUCCUUCCAGGAGAUCAUUGUCACAAACCACACGGAUCGGAACUGCCAGGAACUGCAGAAAUGGCUAAAGAAAGAACCGGGAGCAUUUGACUGGACUCCGCUGGUGAAAUACGUGUGUGAGCUGGAAGGGGACAGGAAAAAGUGGGCUGAGAAGGAAGAGAAAUUACGAAGAACGAUCAAGCAGGUUCUGGAAUGUGAUGUCACCAAAUUCAACCCUGUGACCUUUGCCUCUCUGCCCCCUGCUGACUGCCUCCUCAUAUGCCAUUGUUUAGCAGAAACUUGCAAAGACCUGAGUACCUACCGUGCUGCCCUGAAGAAUAUCAGCUCCCUGUUAAAGCCAGGGGGUCAUUUGCUGAUGGUGACCACAAUGAAGUGUAAUUACUAUAUGGUUGGCCAACACAAGUUUCCCUGCCUCUUUUUGGAGAAGGAGUUUCUGGAGGAAGCAGUGAAGGAGGCCGGUUAUGAUAUUUUGCAGUUUGAGGUGACUCCCAUAUGCCAUACAGCUAGUUUGGUAGAUCAUGAGGGGAUCUCUUACCUAGUUGCUUCCAAAGGGAAGGGCAAAGAAUAUGAAAAAGAAAAUACAUCAGCCCAAGGCAAGUAGAGAGGCAGAAUAGAUUAGCUGUAGAUGCUGGUAGACCUGAAAAUCAAUGUGUGCUAUAGAGCUUUGAUGACCUCCAAGCACCUUGGAGAACCUGUUUGUUCAGGAUGCACCAGCUUGAACCCCUUGUUGUGCCACUAAAGCUGCCCUCAUCUCUGUCCUUUCCCAUUUAGAGCUGCCAUAAUGUCUCCCUGGCCUCCAACCCCACUGUGCUUCAUCCAGUGCAGCUGCACCCUACUGUGCUUCAUCCUCUCCCUGCUCUUGCCAUGUUUUGCCUAGUCUCAUGCUGCAGCUGUGCAAUUAAUGAUAAUUACAUAAUGAAUCAUAUAAAGUCCUUCUCACUGCUAAUGGACUGGAGCCUGCUCCCAGUAGUCAGUGGCAAAACUCCUAUUGGCUUCAGUGGUGCAGCACUGGGCCCAAUCAGUGCUGGAUUUGGAAUUAUUGAUGGAUGAGGUUUAGAAAGAGGAUCAAAACACAUCUACAGGCCUAACCACCGCAGACCUUUAAGAACAGAGGUUCUGCCCCUGAGCUGACUCUACAUUCAAAUUCCACAAAUAGCUACAUUUGAUAAUGGUUGAGCUACUCCUUUCUUACCACAAAUUUUGGAACUCACACCCAUGUCACGUGUUUAGUUUUGUGCCUUUCUAUGCCAUCUGCACUAGACUGUGAACUGCUUGGGGCAGGCAUCAUGCCUCCUUGGGAGUCUUGUCUCCCGGCAUUGAGAACAUGGCUCACACUGGACACAUCGUUAUCAAUAACGGCAAUAACCUCACUGUGAUUUUAACAUUGAUCAGUUUGUACUGAU